ACACCUCAACUCCAUUUCCCUUUCCUCUUCAACACAAAUUUCACUCACCCUCCAAGCACUCGUUGCCGCACCAACCACAAGUCACACAGUGGUAACUCACCAAUGGCUUCAACUUCUGUAGUUUCCAUGGCCGUCCCAGCAGCUUGCGCAGCCCAGAAGAAGGCGGCGCCUCCCUCCUCCACAUUCUUCCGGCCACUGCCUUUGCUACCUUCAAACAAGGUCUCUGCCUCCAGUCCCAAUUCCAGGUUUGUAGUGAGGAACUCCCUUAAGGAGAAGGCCGUCACUGGUCUCACGGCCGCCGCUUUGACGGCUUCCAUGAUGGUCCCCGAUGUGGCUGAAGCCGCCGUCACGCCGUCUCUCAAGAACUUCUUGCUGAGCAUCGCCGCCGGUGGAGUCGUCCUUGCUGCCAUUGUUGGCGCCGUCAUCGGUGUUGCCAAUUUCGAUCCCGUCAGGCGAAGCUGAGGGGAAGAUGCAUUAUACAUCUCCAUCCACCUUUUAGACUUUUGUCUUGUUAUAUGUAUGUCCAAUGUGCAUUGUUAUUCAGUAAUGAACUCUGUUGUCUGUAAUAUGUCACCCAUCAUCUUCUACUGAGCUGAAACUUUUUCCAAUUCUUCAA